CAUCCCGACCGCGAAACAUCCUGCCAUUCUCUAACCUUUCCACCUGGAAAGGACGCUGCCCUCACCUUUUUCUCUCUUAAACAACCCAUAAAAUUAUUGCGAAGAGGACCAAAUCGCCAAACCAAACCAAAAGCCAAAUCCAAAACAAAUACCAAGACAGCGAGGAAAGGCAAACAAAAAACAAAACAAAAAUCCCCCAUCUCUCCCACACAACGAAGCGAGAAAGAAAAAUGGAGGCAUGACCUCCGCCCUUGUUGAUCCACUCGAAACACUCGCGGCCCUGGACUUCUCCUCACCGGCGGGCUCGCCGGGACCCUUGCUCCUCGGUUCCUGCUGCUGCGGCGGCGGCGGCGGCGGCGGCAGAGGGAAUUAGGUAAGGGAAGGGAAGGCGACGUAGAGUGAGCGGCAGCGGCGAUGCCGUCGCACGCGGAUCUGGACCGGCAGAUCUCGCAGCUGCGGGAGUGCAAGUUUCUGGCGGAGGCGGAUGUGAAGGCGCUCUGCGAGCAGGCAAAGGCGAUCCUCAUGGAGGAGUGGAACGUGCAGCCCGUGCGCUGCCCCGUCACCGUCUGCGGCGACAUCCACGGCCAGUUCUACGACCUCAUCGAGCUCUUCCGCAUCGGCGGCGACACCCCCGACACGAACUACCUCUUCAUGGGCGACUACGUCGACCGUGGCUACUACUCAGUGGAGACUGUGACAUUGUUAGUGGCUCUAAAAGUACGUUAUAGAGACAGAAUCACAAUAUUGAGAGGAAAUCAUGAGAGCAGACAAAUAACUCAAGUGUAUGGCUUCUAUGAUGAAUGCUUGCGGAAGUACGGAAAUGCAAAUGUAUGGAAGUACUUCACGGACUUGUUUGAUUAUUUGCCUCUCACAGCUCUUAUAGAAAACCAGAUCUUUUGCCUACAUGGUGGUCUCUCUCCAUCUCUGGAUACAUUGGAUAAUAUCCGUUCUCUUGAUCGCAUACAAGAGGUCCCGCAUGAAGGACCAAUGUGUGAUCUUUUGUGGUCUGACCCGGAUGACAGAUGUGGGUGGGGAAUUUCACCAAGAGGGGCAGGAUACACAUUUGGACAAGAUAUCGCACAGCAAUUCAACCAUACAAACGGACUUAGUCUUAUUUCAAGGGCCCAUCAACUUGUAAUGGAAGGGUUCAAUUGGUGCCAGGAUAAGAACGUUGUCACAGUGUUCAGUGCGCCAAACUACUGUUACCGUUGUGGUAACAUGGCUGCAAUUCUCGAAAUUGGAGAGAAUAUGGAUCAGAACUUCCUCCAGUUUGAUCCAGCACCACGGCAAAUCGAGCCAGACACAACACGCAAGACCCCGGACUACUUUUUGUAAUUGUCGUGUCGACUCCUUUUAACUUACUGCUGUUGAUGCUCCUCUCCUCUGCCGCAGCGCCUGGUGUCUGUAGAUCUGUCCUUAGAAGAUGUGUUUCCUUUAGCCGCUUUGUACCCCCGCUCAUUCUUUCGUGUGGAGAUUUUGUUGCUGCUUCUCAGAACUUCAUAGAGCAUGUUAAAAGUACAUGGCAUUUUGAUUUUUUUGUUGUACCUCCAUUUUAUAUUUUUCUGAGACAAAAGAGAAAAGAAGCUGCAAUAGAAUUGUCUUGUAUUUUUUUUU